UAAGCUUGUUACACAUACAAGAUGGAGCCUGCAUUCGAGUGACAAGUCACACCUGGAGAGGCAAGUCCCCCAUUCAUCCCACCACGUGGCAAGCAUCCACCGGUGCUUGCCCCCCUUGCGAGCUAAUUAAGUGCUAACUCUUAAUUAACACCUUAAUUAGCUUCGUAAUGGAGGGAUGAGCAAUUGAAAACAAUCAAACAUAUGAUCUUCUGUUCUUCAUUGUUUUAAACCGAUUGGAAAUUGUGAAACUUCAGAAUCAUAUUAGUGAUACAGAUUCAAUGCCUUGUGCUGUUUUUUCACAGAAUAAUCAUUAUUCGAUUUCGGUUUUAUUUUUUCAAGUGAUAAAAUUGUGGGCAAAGGCAUGUCUCUGCGUAGGGCUCUCCUUCUUCCUCUUAAUUUGCAUCCCAAUUUUAAUCCUUCUGACUCUUCCAUUUUCCAUUUCUUUUUUAUGGGCACUAUUUUUCUGUAAGAUUUUAUGUUUCUUCGGUUUGUGCCCCGAAUUUAGAUUUCUAGAAAUGAAGUUUUUGGUAAAUUACUUGUCCUCUGCUGCAACAAAAUUCACAGGAAGCAGCAAAUCCAAUCCCAACCAUGGUCAUCAUCAUCAUCAUCAUAAUAAUAAUCACCAUUAUAAGAUUAUUAACGAUAAUAAUGAUGAGUUAAUAGCCAAGACUCUUGAGGAUAAGCAGGAGAGUGUUCAGUUGGAUCCGUCGGAGCUUCCUUCUUUAUAUGAAUCCGAUUUCGAUGUUGAAGAUGAUCAUCAUCAAGAGAUCCAUCAAGAGAUCAAAGACAAAGGGGUAAACAAUGGUAUGAGUCAAAUUUGCACGUAUGAGGAAGGCUCGUGGCAAAUCCUGGUCUCAAAGCCUCGCACAAGGAGAGAACCUCAAUCGAGGGAGAGUGGGAGUGAAGGAAAGAAUGGCUUUCGUGAAUUAGAAGUUGAGAAUUUGGAGGAAAUUUUGAAGUUUCCCGACAGCCACUCGAGGGUUUGGAGUGAUGACCACUCGAAUGACAGUGGCCAAGAAUCGCCAGAUUUGAAUGAGGUUACUUCGGAUAAAGUUGGUGCCGAUUGUGUGCAUGGUUUUCAUGAGUGUUGGAAGUUACUGGUUAAAUUUACUAAAUUUGAAAUUUAGUUUUGGUUUCUCUUUGAGAAAGUCAUGACUAUCACCAUAAGAUUAAGUGGGAGUGUUGGGGAAAAGAGAAUUUCAAUGUGCCGGAACACGUAAACCAAGUAUAAUAAUACAAUUGAUUGAAAACUUGAAGAAAAAUUUCAACUAAUUGUAUUAUAUAACACUUGAUAUACCAAACUGUGUUUCCGGCACACUGAAAAAUUUCUCGUUAGAGAAGAGGAAAUAAGAAAGUCAAUAAUGAUUUUGAAA